UUGCGACUCGCCUCUGCACCCCGGAGGGAGAACGAGGAGGAGGUCAGCUGAGGAUUCGUUAUGGUUCCCACACAAGGCAGCCGAAGGUGGUGUUUCCCUCCCUCGCACGCGCACGGCGAAGACCUCUGGAGGAUGACAUCUUCCCUCCGCCCGAUCUGCCUCGCUACGUUGCCUCACAGUCAUCAUGUGCGUGAGUGAGGAACCACCCACCAGGCGCGUGCGCAGCCAAAGAGAGAGAGAGAGAGAGGGAAUGCGUGUGACUUCUCGAUGCCACUCUCGCACACACACCUCCGCACGCAUGCACGCGCCUCAUCUCGCCGUCUCCCGUUGCCAGGAGAGGAGCCACGACGCGGGCGCGCACAGCAGCUCAGGAAUGUAGCCCGGCAUCGGCAGACGGCCGCAGCCUGACGCCACGCGCGCCGCUGCGCUAACGGGAGCAGAGGAGGGGAGUUACCUGGUGGAGGGGGAAACAGGAGAGUGGGGCGCACGAUUUUUUUCCUUUUGGGAGGGGGGGAGACAGGACGGGGGGGAAGGCGCAAAGUUGACCCAAUGGCGCUGGUGAUGGAGCCGGUCAGCAAGUGGACGGCCAGCCAGGUGGUGGACUGGAUGAAAGGCUUGGAUGACUGCCUGCAGCAGUACGUGUGCAUGUUUGAACAUGGCGGCGUGUGCGGCGAGAAGCUGCUGAGGAUCAGCCACGCCGAACUGGAGGACCUGGGAGUGUCCCGCAUUGGACACCAGGAGCUCAUACUGGAGGCCGUCGACCUGCUCUGUGCGCUGAACUCUGGCCUGGAGACGGAGAGCGUUAGGACGCUGGCACACAAGCUGGGCGCCUCGGCCAAAAACUUGCAGAACUUCAUUUCGGGCCGCCGUCGCGGCAGCCAAUCGGAGAGCAGGACGUCGCGACGCCUCCCUAACGACCUGCUCACCUCUGUGGUUGACCUGAUCGCCGCCGCCAAGAGCCUGCUGGCCUGGCUGGACAGGUCUCCUUUCGCCGCGGUGGCCGACUACUCGGUAACGCGAAAUAACGUCAUCCAGCUCUGUCUGGAGCUCACCACCAUCGUGCAGCAGGACUGUACGGUGUUUGAGACGGAGAAUAAAAUCCUGCACGUGUGCAAGACUCUGUCCGAAGUGUGCGAGCACAUCGUGCGCGUGUCGUCGGACCCGCCUGCGUCUCAGUCGGCCCAUCUGGAGCUGGUCCGCCUCGCCAACGUCAAAGCCUCUGAAGGCCUGGGGAUGUACAUCAAGUCAACCUACGACGGGCUCCAUGUCAUCACGGGGACCACGGAAGGGUCUCCGGCUGACCGCUGCAAGAAGAUCCACGCGGGGGAUGAAGUCAUUCAAGUUAAUCACCAGACUGUGGUGGGCUGGCAGCUGCGCAACCUGGUGGGCUCGCUGCGGGCCGACAAGGGCUCGGUGUCGCUAACGCUGAAGAAGCGGCCCCAGAGCACGCUGGGCUCCGCCCCGGCGCUGCUCAAAAACAUGCGCUGGAAGCCACUGGCCCUACAGCCGACCGGAAGCCCGGGCAGCGGCUCGGCCACACCAUCGGGGACCCCCACCAAGACCUCGGCCCUCCAGGAACUUUACAUUCCACCUCCGCCCGCGGAGCCUUACGCGCCCAGAGACGAGACGGUCGCCUCGGACGAGGCAUCUCGCGGCCACAGCAGCGCGGCCAAACGAUCGCAUUCGCCCAACUCCUUUCUGGAUCAAGAAUCCCGGCGGCGAGAAGAGGACGAGCCGCUUUACUGCACCGCGCCGACAUACGGCAGGCUCAGGCCCAUUUCCAUGCCUGCAGAGUGCAACUGGGGGGGCGACUAUGAAGACCCCGCCGAGGUUCACAGAGAAAGCCGCAGAGAGGCAUCGCUGCUGCGUUACGUGGGCCUGACGGGUGGCGGGGCGCGAGAGCGGACCGCGCCCGACGUCUACGCCUCCCACACGGCCCGUCCGGGCAAGCGGAGCGAUGACACGGCCGGGCGCGCCAAGCGGCGGAGCCACCACAGUCAGAGUCCCUCUCACUACAUUCUCCAAGUCAAUCAGAGAGAGUCGCCACCCAGAGACCCCGCCUCCAUUUACCAUACGUAUCAACAGGCCUCCUCGCUGCAGAAAAAGACACGCAGGAAGAAUAAAGGCCGAAGUUUGGCCGGCCUGAGCCGCCGGCGCGUUUCCUGCAAGGCGCUGGGCCGAGGCGACUGCGAGGGCUGGUUGUGGCGCAAGAGAGAUGCCAAGGGUUACUUUUCUCAUAAAUGGAAGAAGUACUGGUUCGUUCUGAAGGACACCUGCCUCUACUGGUACAUCAACAAGGAGGAUGAGAAAGCAGAGGGCUUUGUCAGUCUGCCAGAGUUUAAAAUCGAUCGCGCAAGUGAAUGCCGAAAGAAGUACGCAUUCAAAGCAUGCCACCCCAAGGUCAAGAGCUUCUUCUUUGCGGCGGACGGCGUGGACGACAUGAACAGGUGGCUGAGUCGACUCAACACGGCUGCUGUGGGCUACGCGGAGAGAGAGAGGAUUCGCCAAGAGCAGGAUUACUGGAGCGAGAGCGAGCACGAGGACGACGCCACCUCCAGCCCCAAACAGGACAGCCCCCCACCUCCGUACGAUACCUACCCGCGGCCCCCGUCGAUGAGCGCUUACGUAGAAGGCCGAACUACGCGACUGUCGUCCACCGAGACGUCGCGGUCCCGCUCGUCUCAGGAGGACUUUCUCUGCGGCGAGCCCACGGCCACGGCCGCCGAGCCUCAGUACCACCCCGGCCCUCUCGGGGGCGGCGCCGUGCACGGCGGCAGGAGGCCGGGUGGCAGCAGCAGCAGCGGCGACCUGGGGUACCGAUGUGACCCCGCAGAGUACCGCUCCAGUCCCGCAGGGGGCAGUAGCGAGACGGGCUCACCUGGCCGCUCGUCCUCGUCUCAGAGACGUUCCUGGCAGGACUUGAUUGAGACGCCGCUGACGGAAGCAGGACUGCACUACCUGCAGACGGGACCGCUAGAGGAUGCCGUAUUUGCCGAGCCAAGCCCGGCCGGCCCGACGCCUGUCUCGGCCUCGGCCGUCUACACGCUUCCUGCGCCGAGGAAUGUACCGUUGCCCGUGGCGAUGCAGAGGCUGAUCCCUAUGGCAACGCAAGGAGGGAAACCUCGCAGCUUCACGCUGCCACGCGACAGCAACCUACAUGCGCUGCUGGCGCCUCCUGCCAUGGACGAGCAGCACACGCACAACAUUGGCAGCGAAGGGGCGUCCCUGGGCGACCUGUUCCGCGCUUGCGAGCAGGGCGGCGUGUGUCCCCUCGGACGGGAGUCCGAGGCCAAAGGCCAGUCCCGCUUCAGGCAGUCUUUUCUGCAGCGGGCUGCAGACCCGCAGCUCAACGAGCGCCUGCACCGCCUACGCAUCUUGAGCUCCACGCUGAAGGACAGAGAGGGGCAGCUAGCCCUGAUUGAAAGGCUCUUGGCCCGCCCCCAGCUGUCGUCCGCAGAGUUCCAGGACUGGAAGCGAGCUUAUCAGGAGCACUUCUCACAGAUGCCAAACGAGGCCGACGAGCCCGAGUCCGGGUCCGGGCCCGAGGCCGAGUCUGGGCCUGAGGCCGAGCCCGAGCCCGGGCCGCCGUCGACGCCCUCGCUCUCCCACACACACUCCUAUAUCGAGACGCAUGUCUGAUGCGUGAGGAGCAGCCACCGCAGAGUGUUGACUUAGCAGGAAGUGAUGUCAUGAGCCCGGCCGCAGGCCCUGGCGUGAUUGGCAGAGUUGAAUGUCAUCGUUUGGAGCGGGAAGAAGUCAUUUUCAACACGCUUUGGGUGUCAUUUGUUUUCAGUUAGCAUCCAAGACCAAAACAUAUAUUUAAAUGGAAUGGACAAAAAUGGGACAAAAAUUAUAAUAUAAAAAAAAAAAUCAAUUGAAUAUGGACAGAAUGCAAAGGAGAGUGAAUACUUUUCCCGGAUCAUUCGUUGUCCAGUGUAUUUUUAAAUCGCAUCAAUGUUAUGAAAUGGCACAUCCAAUUCAGCCAGAACAUUAGGCACGCCAAGGC